AAAUAUAUUUUUUAUAAGUUUCCAGUAAUAAACUAUGUAUAAUAAAAGGUUUAAUUGUUUUUUUAAACGUUUAUAAAACCUUUUGUAAAUAUAUAAAUGAAAACAUUAAAAAUAGAAAUGAUUUGAAAAGAUUUUUGAUGUAUUAAUUUUUUUUUAGGUCCGAGUAUGUACCCCGCCCCGCAGCCCGUCUUCGACGAAGUUCGGUGAGCAGUUCCCGUGCAUCGGGAUCGUCUCACGAACAAAACUCGGUUCCCGCAUAUAUUCCCGCUCCAGCUCCCGCUGCUUCUCAACAGGAUCCGGGGGUCAUGCCAGUUGAUCUAUUGGUUCAACAACCAGGUCGAGAGCAUCUCCCGGUUCUCCAUCCCAACCCACGACGAGGACAUAGCACUUGGUUCACCAAGUCGAAAAAUGGCAUUAGCAGGAGCAUCAACCAGAUGAUGUACUCCAUGCUUCGUUUUGGAUAUUCAAAGUGGAGUGUGAUUCCUUUCGAAGAACGAGAGUUGUGGUUUCGUCAGUUUGCGCAAGAGUUCAACUGGCACUCCGAUCUCACGGAAACAGUCCGUAAGAAAUUCAACGAAAAGGCCAUGGACUCUUAUACAAAGCAGAUAAACGCGUGGAAGACAGUUUGGCAGAAGAACAAGAGGCCACGGUUCAUCAACGGGACGGUGUGAGAGCAGUUGAUAGUUCAUUGGGAGAAGGAAGAAACUGCAGAGACGUCUUCUAGGAACUCCAAGAACCGGAAGAGCGAUCGUGGCGGGAAAGGUAUGUAUGUGCACAACCUCGGCGCUUGCUCUAUGUCUACUAAGGAAGAUGAACUUAUCGAAGAAAAUGACGGUAAUCCCGUUGAUCGUCUCCAACUCAUUAAGGUGGCUCACACUAACAAGAAGACGGGUCAAAUUCAGGAUCUCGUGAUCAAAGGUGUCGUUGAUUUGGUGGAAGCUGAAAUAGCAACUCAAUCUCAGCCUCUCUCUGAUGACGGCGAUUCUACGGGAGCUUCAACCAACUUGUCCCUAUUGCAAAUAAAUGAGAUGGUUGAAAAGGCGGUUCCUAAAAGGAAAGGAGGCCGUUUAGUUGGGUUGGCCCGCCGUGCUUCUUCGUAUCCGACAUCUUCUUCGCAAGCUCUGUAUGCCGAUCCCAUGAUUCUCGAGGAGCUACAUGACAAAGAUGAACGGAUUGGGGCAUUGGAGGAGCAGAACACCACUAUCCUUUCUGAGAAUGCCACUAUCCGUUCGGAGAAUGCCACUAUCCUUGCUGAGCUGGCAUCCCAGAAGAAGUUCAACGCCGAGAUAAUGCAGAAGCUAGAUCGUUUGAUGUCUUCGAGUUCUUAGUUUUUUUCAGCUUUUUAAAACUUUCUGAAUGUUUUUUUUUUCGUUUUGCAUGAAUUUUAAACUUUCUGAAUGUUUUUUUUCUAUUUCGGUUUUUAUGAAUUUAAAUUCUAUAAUA